AGCGUAGACGAGCUGUGUGGUAGCUGGGCGUGUAUAAUUUUAAUGGGCCCCUGUAUUCAGUCAUGCCCACGGAUACUCGUGAACUUUUCACCCGUGUGCAGCCCGAUACAUAUCAGUAAAAGAUAGGGUCGGCCGCUGGAUCUGUUGUGAAAUUUAUGUUCUCAUUUUACAAGGUAACAAUGGCAACUAGGCUGAGCUCAUCGCGGUUCUUAUUAAGCACACUGUUUGCUUUUUCGAAGUAUGGAAAACCAACUAGAUCUAUGAUUAGUUCGAGUACAAACCAAGCCGCUGGGAGAGGAAUGAACAAGAUUAAGAUUCAGAAGAGGAAUUGGAAAAGGGUGUGUUCUGAAUCUGAAACAGACAACUGGCAUUUUCACUGGUCUUCAUCAGCAAAGAAAAGGUUGACAAAAGUUAGCUGGCUUGAUCAUGAUGUUAAAGCAUUUUCUGUGAGUAGCACACAAUGUCAAGGGUCAUCUAAAAUCACUGAAGAAGAGCGAAGGAAGCGUCUGAUGGCACGUAAUCUUCCAAAAAGAGAACCCAUUGUUGGAGUAAAAAACAUAAUCUUGGUAGCCUCCGGAAAAGGGGGAGUCGGAAAAUCUACCACAGCAGUCAAUAUCGCACUUGGUAUAGCUGCUAUUGAAAAGAAUGCUAAUGUUGGCAUCUUGGAUGCUGAUGUCUUUGGCCCUUCUAUACCUCGCAUGAUGAAUCUCCAAGGGAAAGAGCCUGAUAUUGAUAAAAAUAAUCAGCUUAUACCACUUAGGAAUUUUGGUAUAUCAUGCAUGUCUAUGGGUUUCCUGGUCGACGAGAAGUCACCUGUUGUAUGGAGAGGGUUAAUGGUAAUGUCAGCUAUUCAGAGGUUAGUCAAACAGGUAGCAUGGGCACCUCUUGAUUACUUGGUAAUUGACAUGCCACCCGGGACAGGUGACACACAACUCUCCAUAUCUCAACUUAUCACAAUAGCAGGUGCAGUUAUUGUGUCAACUCCUCAGGAUAUAGCCUUACUGGAUGCAAGGAAAGGAGCCGAGAUGUUCAAGAAAGUAGAUGUUCCCGUUCUUGGAAUUGUUCAAAAUAUGAGUGUUUACCAAUGUCCCAAGUGUGGUCAUCAAGCCCAUAUAUUUGGACAAGAUGGUGUCCAUGGUGUUGCCAAAGAGAUGGGACUUGACGUGCUUGGUGAUGUGCCUCUUCACAUAGACAUCAGAGAGACCUCUGACAGUGGGAAACCUAUCGUUGUAUCAGCACCUCAAAGCUCACAGGCCAUUGCUUACAAAUCAAUCGCACAGGAAGUACUGCGAAGAAUCAAACAGGAUGAAUCACAUAGAUGACAAUGAAAAGACUUUUACAAACUGUCUGGCCUCAAGUGUUUAUCAUGGAAGUUGAUUCCUCUAGGAUUUUUACCCACUGACUUCACAGAUGCUGUAAAUCACCUGAUGGGGGUUUCAUAAAGUUGUUCGUAAGUCAUGAGCGAUUUCACAAAUGACUGGUGACCCUUUGUUCAGAACUAAAUACACACCAAUGAAAAUUUGGUGCGCAUAUAAUUUACCUUGAGAAAGGAUCACCAGUCACUUGUAAAUCAUGAACAGCUUUAGAAAAUACCCACCCGGGAUGGUGUUUCAUAAAGGUGCUCGUAAGUAAUGAGCAACUUUACGAAAGACUGGUGACCCUUUCUUAAGCUUAUUGGUAUACACCUAAUUUUCAGUGAUGUUGAUCUAGCAUCUAAGAAAGGAUCACCAGCAAAGUCACUUGUAACUUA